UCUUAAAUCUAAACAAAACCAAAUAUAUCACAUCUCUUUCCCUAGUUUACACGCAUAGAAACAAUCAAACUUAAGUAGCCCACUGGUCUUUUUUUGCAAAAUUCCGGUGAACACAUCAUUCCCUCUUUCCGUCCAUCACUUUCUUCUUACCGUCUGCUUAGCUCUACCAAAGGUAAAUCCAGAUCUAAUUUCAUCUUCAUUCCCAUUUUCUUGUCAUUCUUCUUGUCUCAGUUUGAGCUCCAUCUUCUUCCUUAUAAAAAUCUGACUUUUAUGCACCGAACAACAAAAUUUCUAUUCAAACCACGGCCACCGGCCGGAAUGUAAGCGAAGACCCGCCGGUCCGACCGCCGGCUCCCGGCCCGACCGCCGGCCUGAUGUUGGAACGGUUUUAAGGCCUGAACCGGCCCGGACGAAGCCCCGGAUCCCGGCCGGACCGGUCCGACCGGCCGGCCCGGUCCGGUUUUAAGAACAUUGCCUAUAACCUCAUAACUCUACCCAUUAUAUUAUAUUUUAUAUUUUAUUAUUUCCAAACCACCCCUUAAAUUGGAAGUUUGCUAACAACAUUUAUUUAUUCUCAUUUUACUCGUAAUUUACGCGAACGCUACUGACUUAUUCUCAACACCCAUUCUUAUUUCCUACUUCUACUCCAUUUUUGCAUUUUCAUUUUUCAGUUUGAAUUUCAGUUUUCUCCCUGUAUAUCUCUAUUGAUUUCUCCGUCAGGCUCUGUUACCGUCGUUCCAAAUGUUUAACGGCGUUACAAACAACGUUCUCUGAUAAUAAUUUACUCACAAUUGUAACCAAUUUGAUGGGGGUUUUCAUGCUAGUGUUGAUUGUUCUUUGUGUGUUCAUAUGUAUACGGUUAAUUAUAUACCGAACGAGUUUGAUUUACCGGUUGAAGAAAUGGAGCCACUGGAUUGAAGAUCGAAUUCACGUUCAUCAAUCGCUGAAAGUUCCAGAACUCAACGAAAACAACCAGGAGAAUCUGUUCUAUCGAAAGGUUUACACGUACCUAAAUUCUCUUUCAACGGUUGAAGAUUCUGAUUUCACGAACCUCGUUUCAAACAAACCAAACGGCGUCGUUCUUAGCCUGGAUGAUGACCAGAUGAUUCUGGAUACUUUUCUCGGUGCUAGGGUUUCGUGGACGAACAGAGUCGAGAAAAUUGAUGAUAACAAAAGCGUUUGUAAGAAGACGUUUGUGUUGAAAUUGAAGAAGAAGGAUAAAAGAAGGAUUCUGCAAGCGUAUAUUCAGCAUAUUUACAGAUGUUCAGAAGAUAUCGAGAUGAGAUGUAAGGAACUAAAGCUGUAUAUGAACACCGUGACGCAAUCCGACGACCGCCGGAGCACCGGCCGGUGGACUUCCGUUAAGUUAUCGCAUCCGGCAACAAUCGAAACGAUAGCGAUCGAUUCAGAUCUGAAAAAGAAGGUGAAAUCGGAUCUGGAAUCGUUUCUGAAAUCGAAACAGUAUUAUCACCGGUUAGGUCGUGUCUGGAAACGGAGUUAUCUCCUCUACGGACCUUCUGGCACCGGAAAAUCAAGCUUCAUUGCAGCAAUGGCGAAACACCUUUCGUAUGAUAUUUACGAUAUCGAUUUUUCAAAAGUUGUUGACGAUUCAGAUCUGAAAAUGCUUCUGUUACAAACCACAAGCAAAUCGAUAAUCGUCGUUGAAGAUCUCGAUCGAUUCAUCUCAUCGAAUUCUAACUAUUCUAGAGUUACUUUAUCAGGUAUAUUGAACUUCAUGGACGGAAUAUUAAACUCAUGCUGCGGAGAUGAAAAACUCAUGGUUUUCACGAUGAACAGUAAGGAUAACAUCGAUUCUGCUAUCUUACGCCCUGGCAGAAUCGACGUUCACAUAUAUUUUCCAUUGUGCAACUUCAAUUCAUUCAGACUAUUAGCGAACAAUUGUUUAGGAAUAAAGGAUCACAAACUGUUUCCACAAGUUGAAGAAAUUUUCAACACCGGAGCAACGAUGAGUCCGGCGGAGAUGAGUGAGUUAAUGAUCUCAAACCGCGGUUCACCAGGCCGAGCAUUGAAGUCGGUUAUCACAGCUUUACAGAUCAACGGUGAGAGUAGGUUGUUAUCGACGAUGAUCUGCGGUAAAACCGGUGUACGGUUGCAGCAUAACGGUGGUGUAGUGACGUCGGAUGACAUGUCACCGGUGGCGGAAACAUCGAGCGAGUUUGGGACGGACAGUAGCUGUAACGUGCCUGUUGUGAAAGAGAUUCAGAAGUUGUACGGUUUACUGAGGUUGAAAAGUAGUAAGAAAAUUGGACCGUCGGAUCAGUUUUCGGGGUCCAUGGAACGGUCACGAUGAUUUGAUGACGAUGGUGAUGAUGAUUAGGGCAGUUUUUUUUGGGGGUCCACUCCAUAUUGCUUUUUUGUUAGGUACUGGGAAUGAAAAUAAUAUGUGAAUUGUCUUACUGUUUUUAAUUUUUAUUUUAAUUUGGUAAAUGACCGAUGGUAUCUGCACCCAAAGUUACUGAUAUAUGUGUUUGUGGGGGCUAAGUGGUAUAGAAUUGAAAUUGUCAUUUCAAUUUGUGUAUAUACGAAAGUAAAGGAAUUGAGAUUCGAUUUUUGUACAAUUUAA